GGUCCCCAUGAAGCUCCUGGCUUUCCUGAGCCUGCUGGCCCUGGUGCUGCUAGAAGCAGGGACAGCUUCUCCCCCAAAGGGGAGGAAGAGGAGAGACCCGACGAACGAGGAAGGAGAUUCUUACGAGGUCCUCAAUCUGGGGAACUACGUCCCUGACCUGGACAACUACGAUGAGGUCAUUGACCUGAGCGACUAUGAAGGGCUCAUGGAUUAUGAGGACCAGCUCCCUGAGGUCAAAGCAGGAUCCAGCCUGGAUCCUCCAACCAGGAUCGGUUCCACUCAGAGCACGGUGAAUCCAAGGACACUCUCGUCAAAGCCCACCAUGGCCAAGCCUACUAUGCUGGGCCUCCCAGGCUCCCCAAGCAGCCACGCUGAGCCAGGCCUGCCUACCUGUCUGGUAUGCGUGUGCCUUGGUUCCUCCGUGUACUGCGACGAUGCUGACCUGGAGAGCAUCCCGCCUCUCCCCAAGACAACCACUUACCUGUACGCCCGCUUCAACCGCAUCAGCCGGAUCCGAGCUGGAGACUUCAAAGGGCUGACAAAACUGAAGAAGAUCGACCUUUCCAGCAAUUCCAUCUCCUCCAUUGAUGAUGAUGCCCUCCGCCUGCUGCCUGCCCUGCGGGACCUGAUCCUCCCAGAGAACCAGCUGGCCGCUCUGCCCGUGCUGCCCGCUGGCAUCGAGGUCCUGGACGUCCGCCUGAACCGGCUCCAGAGCUCCGGAAUACAGCCCGAAGCCUUCAGGGGGCUAGAGAAGCUGCAGUUCCUCUACCUGGCUGACAACUUGCUGGACUCCAUCCCCGGGCCCCUGCCCCCCAGCCUGCGCUCACUGCACCUGCAGAAUAACAUGAUAGAGACCAUGCAGAAAGACGCCUUCUGUGACACUGAGGAGCACAAACACAGCCGGAGGCAGCUGGAAGACAUCCGCCUAGACGGCAAUCCCAUCAACCUGGGCUUCUUCCCCAGCGCCUACUUCUGCCUGCCUCGCCUCCCCACCGGCCGCUGCUGCUAGCUCACCGCUCCCCGUGCGGCGGGAAGGGUGCGGGCCUCGCCUCCACGCGGUGGUCUGUCAUCCAGGCCGGAAUCGGCCCCCUGAUCCAGUUGCAAAACUCACCCUCGCCCCCUGCCCCCACGGGCUGCACACGCGCACGCACACACACACACAUGCAUGCACACAUAGAUACACACACACACACACAGACAUAUAGACGUGCACGCGGAAACAUAGACAUACACACAUACACACGGACACACACGCGGGCACACGGACACAGACACGCACACAGACACACACGCGAAAGCGUCCCGCAGUAGCCAAAUUUGCAUUUUCUCAUUCUCUUUCCUUAGCACCUUAUGGCUCCUGACUCAGAAAAUAGCAGCGUCUGGAGCAAAGCUCACUCCCAUAUUCGCCAUCCGUCCUACCCACACAGAAUGCCGGGAAGUCAUGGACGAGGAAGAGGAGGAGGAGGAGGAGAGAAAGAAGGGGGAAGUGGGAGAAGCAAUGGCAUGCGGGAGCCAGCUCUUACUACGAGGCUUACAGAACCAAUUAUUACACUUCCCAGACUUUUGUAAGCCAGUGGCCGAACAGGGCUUUCAUUCAGGAUUACAUUAUAAGCUCGCAUUUAGAUAUAUGAUGUUGAAAGCACAUGUAAUAAAUACUCAAACUCAUGACUUCCCAAUUAUUUUACUAGUAAGCAAUAAGUUCUUGAACUUACUC